AUGAGCUUCAAGGCUAAAGAUCUCUCAUACGACAAUGCGCAGCCCACCUUCUUGCGACGGUUGCGAGGGGAGCUGGCAGGAGACGACUCAGCGCGCCAUGAACGCCCUAUCCCAAGGAACAAGAGAAUGAAGCAGGAUGACGAGGAGGAUGCUCCAACCUAUGUCCUGGAAGACACGAACCAGUCGCUGACGAAAGCCGAAUAUGAGGCCCUGGUCGCUGGGAAGGAGCCGGGCAAGAGCGAUGAAACAGCCGAAGAGGGCGAGAAACCAGAAGUUGCGCAGACCGACGCCAAAUCCAAAGACAACAUCGUCGAGCUCGGCAAGAUCACGAAGAAGCGGAAGGCCAUCAAAGUCAUCGGCGAAGAAGAGAAGGAGGAUGCCGAGGAGAGUACCAAAGCAUCCGACGUCAAAGUGACGAAAAAGGCGAAGAAGAGAGGAAAACCUAUCAAACUAUCAUUCGGUGACCAAGACGAGGGUUGA